ACUAGGUGUAGUGUCGCUUUCUUGUCUUAUGAGCAGCACAUUCAUUUCCAGCUAUCUACACUUCUUUUUUUAUUCAAUACAUUAACAUUAUUUGACAAAUAAAUAAAUUACAGAUUCAGUAUCAAAAAGUUGUUAGCUUUUGUAUUUUAAUCUGAUAAAUAUCAUCAUCAUCAUCUUCAAUCUUUCAUUUUCUUGUAUCAGUUUAUAGAUUUUUCUUGAGAUUUUUUUGUGUUUUUCUUGUGAGAUCUGAUGAAUUUGUGAGUAAAGUAUACUUAGGGGAACCUCUAAUUUUCCAAACCCUAGACACAGCAGCCGCAGUGAAAGGCCAUGAAGAAUGUAGGUGGACAGAUCUGCCAGAUCUGUGGUGACAACGCUGGAAAAACUUUGGAUGGUGAUCCAUUCAUUGCUUGCGAUGUUUGUGCCUUUCCAGUAUGUAGACCUUGCUAUGAGUACGAGAGGAAAGACGGAAAUCAGUCUUGCCCUCAAUGCAAAACCCGAUACAAGAGACAAAAAGGUAGCCCUGCCAUUCUUGGUGAUGGAGAAGAAGAUGGUGAUGUCGAUGAUGGUGCUCGGGUUUUCAGUUAUUCUACAGAAACUCAAAACCAGAAGCAAAAAAUUUCAGAGCGCAUGUUAAGCUGGAAAAUGAAUUAUGGACGAGGAGAGGAGGAAGUUGGAGCUCCAAAUUAUGAUAAAGAGGUUUCACAUAAUCAUAUUCCCCUGCUCACCAAUGGACAUGAGGUUUCUGGAGAGCUGUCAGCUGCAUCACCCGAGCAUAUUUCUAUGGCAUCUCCUGGAGUUGGUGGUGCAAAGCGCAUCCAUACCCUACCUUAUUCAGCUGAUUUCAAUUCCUUACCUAAUGCAAGGGUGGUGGACCCGGUAAGGGAGUUUGGCUCGCCAGGAUUGGGCAAUGUAGCUUGGAAAGAGAGAGUUGAUGGCUGGAAGAUGAAGCAGGAUCCAGUUAAGAAUGCUGUUCCUAUGAGCACUGGCCAUGCUCCAUCUGAAAGGGGUGUUGGAGAUAUUGAUGCAGCCACUGAUGUGCUGGUGGAUGACUCUCUUUUGAAUGAUGAAGCUCGACAGCCUCUAUCAAGGAAGGUUUCAAUUCCAUCAUCUAAAAUUAAUCCCUACAGGAUGGUCAUUGUCGUUCGGCUGGUUGUCCUCUGCAUUUUCUUGCAUUACCGACUAACAAAUCCCGUGCCUAAUGCAUUUGCACUUUGGUUAUUAUCUGUCAUUUGUGAGAUUUGGUUUGCUAUAUCCUGGAUAUUGGAUCAGUUUCCUAAGUGGCUGCCUGUAAACCGUGAAACAUAUCUUGACAGGCUUGCAAUAAGAUAUGAUCGUGAAGGAGAACCAUCACAGUUAGCUUCUGUUGACAUUUUUGUCAGUACUGUGGAUCCAUUAAAGGAACCUCCUCUUGUGACAGCAAACACUGUGCUAUCAAUUCUUGCAGUUGAUUACCCAGUUGAUAAGGUCUCUUGCUAUGUCUCUGAUGAUGGUGCUGCAAUGUUGACAUUUGAAGCUUUAGCGGAGACUGCAGAGUUUGCAAGGAAAUGGGUGCCUUUCUGCAAGAAAUAUGCCAUUGAGCCACGGGCUCCAGAAUGGUACUUUGUGCAGAAAAUUGAUUACUUGAAGGAUAAAAUUCAAACAUCAUUUGUGAAAGAACGCAGAGCUAUGAAGAGAGAAUAUGAAGAGUUUAAAGUUCGUAUCAACGGGCUUGUUGCAAAGGCAACAAAGGUUCCUGAAGAAGGAUGGAUUAUGCAAGACGGUACUCCAUGGCCAGGAAAUAACACCAGAGAUCAUCCAGGAAUGAUUCAGGUUUUCUUAGGCCAAAAUGGAGGUCUUGAUGCUGAUGGCAAUGAGCUGGCACGACUAGUUUAUGUUUCUCGUGAAAAGCGGCCUGGGUUCCAACACCACAAGAAAGCUGGUGCUAUGAAUGCCCUUGUCAGAGUAUCAGCUGUUCUUACUAAUGGACCUUUCCUGUUGAAUCUUGAUUGUGAUCAUUACAUAAAUAACAGCAAGGCUUUGAGAGAAGCUAUGUGUUUUAUGAUGGACCCGAACCUUGGGAAACAAGUCUGUUAUGUUCAGUUUCCGCAAAGGUUUGAUGGUAUUGAUAGGAAUGAUCGAUAUGCUAACCGCAAUACUGUUUUCUUUGAUAUCAACUUGAGGGGUUUGGAUGGCGUUCAAGGUCCUGUUUACGUGGGUACUGGAUGUGUCUUCAAUAGAACAGCCUUGUAUGGAUAUGAACCUCCUCUCAAAACCAAAAACACAAAACCUGGACUAUUAUCUUCUCUUUGUGGUGGAUCACGAAACAAAAGUUCAAAAUCUGGUAAAAAAGGCUCAGACAAAAAGAAAUCUGGAAAGCAUGUAGACCCCACUGUGCCAAUUUUCAGCCUGGAAGAUAUAGAAGAGGGAGUUGAAGGUGCUGGAUUUGAUGAUGAGAAGGCACUUCUGAUGUCACAAAUGAGCCUGGAAAAAAGGUUUGGCCAGUCUGCUGUUUUUGUUGCCUCAACACUCAUGGAGAAUGGCGGCGUUCCUCAGUCUGCAACAUCAGAGACUCUUCUUAAAGAGGCUAUUCAUGUUAUUAGCUGUGGGUACGAGGAUAAAACUGACUGGGGAACUGAGAUUGGAUGGAUCUAUGGUUCUGUUACUGAGGAUAUUCUUACUGGAUUCAAGAUGCAUGCUCGUGGUUGGCGUUCAAUUUACUGCAUGCCCAAACGUCCGGCCUUUAAAGGAUCUGCUCCUAUCAAUCUUUCAGAUCGUCUAAAUCAAGUGCUUCGAUGGGCUUUAGGUUCUGUGGAAAUUCUUUUCAGUCGGCAUUGUCCCAUUUGGUAUGGUUAUGGUGGUAGACUGAAAUGGCUUGAGAGGUUUGCAUAUAUAAACACCACCAUUUAUCCAAUUACGGCCAUUCCGCUUCUUGUGUACUGCACACUUCCAGCUGUGUGCCUGCUUACAAACAAGUUCAUUAUUCCACAGAUCAGUAACCUCGCAAGUAUAUGGUUUAUCUCUCUCUUUCUUUCCAUCUUUGCUACCGGUAUUCUGGAGAUGAGGUGGAGUGGUGUUGGAAUUGACGAAUGGUGGAGAAAUGAACAAUUUUGGGUUAUUGGAGGUGUUUCAGCCCAUCUUUUCGCUGUUUUCCAAGGUCUACUUAAAGUACUUGCCGGUAUUGACACAAACUUUACUGUCACCUCCAAGGCAUCAGACGAGGACGGUGACUCCGCUGAACUUUAUCUAUUCAAAUGGACAACUCUUCUAAUCCCGCCCACAACUCUCCUCAUCAUUAACAUUGUUGGCGUUGUUGCCGGGAUAUCCUACGCCAUCAACAGUGGUUACCAGGCGUGGGGUCCUCUCUUCGGCAAGCUUUUCUUCGCUUUUUGGGUGAUCGUCCAUCUUUAUCCUUUCCUCAAAGGUCUCAUGGGUCGUCAGAAUCGGACACCAACCAUUGUCGUGGUGUGGUCCGUUCUACUCGCAUCUAUUUUCUCGUUGUUGUGGGUGCGGGUUGAUCCUUUCACUACAAGAGUAACGGGUCCAGAUAUUGAGCAGUGUGGAAUCAACUGCUAAAGAUAAAAAUCUGAUACCUACAAUCUUGAAGUAAGCAUUUGUUGCAUAUUUUUGUACUCAUUUUGAUCAAUUUGUAUGUAUUUAUAUAAUGUGUAUUAGAUCAUAUACAUAGGUGAGGUAUUAACUUAUUUUGUUGUGCCAUGGGAUGGGAUAAUCAAACUGUAAUAUUGUGGAUAUAAACAAAGUUAUGGACUCCAGCGGAAAAAGAAAUAUAGUUCUGCAUGUUGUAUUCUCACAUGCAACCAUUAUUUUAAAAGUUGAA